AUGUCAAAGUCGUACUACAUCGGCGUCGACGUCGGCACUGGAUCCGCGCGGGCAGCCCUCGUGGACACUACCGGCGAGAUCUUGGCCGAGUCGGUCUAUGCCACGACGACUUAUCGAGACGAGAGAAACGCCGACAUCUUUGAGCAGAGCACGAGCGAGAUCUGGCAGUCGAUCUGCAAGGCUUGCAAAGAUGUGCUGGCCGAGGCAAAGAUCCCCAAGGAGCAGGUCAAGGGGAUUGGCUUUGAUGCCACCUGCUCGCUCGCGGUCUCUGAUCUCAAGGGUGAGCCCAUGUCUGUGACUGCCGAUGAGUGGGGCGUCGGAGAUGCAAAGCACAACAUCAUCCUCUGGGCAGACCACAGAGCAGUCGAAGAGGCAGCGACCAUCAAUGCCUCAGGCUCAAUGGUCCUCAAAUAUGUCGGGGGGACCAUGUCGCUCGAGAUGGAGAUCCCCAAAGUGCUCUGGUUGAAGAAGCACAUGCCCCAGGAAUACUUCCGACAGAGCAUGUUCUUUGACCUGCCGGAUUUCCUCACCUAUCUCGCUACCGGCGACCUGUCGCGCUCCAACUGCUCGCUGGCCUGCAAGUGCUCGUACGUACCUCCCGGCGUCGAGGGAAGCGAGGGCUGGAACAAGGAAUUCUUCCACAAGAUCGGACUCGGCGAGCUGGCGGAGGAUCAGUUCAAGCAAGUCGGCGGCAUUCCCGGCAAGACUGGUCUCAUUCUCACCGCCGGUCAGCCCGUCGGCAAGGGCGUGUCUGCUAAAGCAGCAGAACAGCUCGGUCUUGCAGAAGGUACACCGGUCGGAUCAGGCGUCAUAGAUGCCUACGCCGGUUGGGUCGGCACAGUCGGCGCAGACAUGCCCGAUCUCAAGGGCAGUGAGAAGCCGAGUCUGGACGAAUCCCGCCAUCGACUGGCUGCCAUUGCCGGCACCUCAACCUGCCACAUCGUGCAGAGCGACAAACCAGUCUUUGUCCCGGGAGUAUGGGGCCCAUACCUGCACGCCGUCUUCCCUGGGUUCUGGAUGAAUGAGGGCGGCCAGUCAUCGACGGGCCAGUUGAUCGACUUCAUGAUCGAUACCCAUCCUGCCGCAGACCGUGUAAAGGCGAUUGCCAAAGAACGAAAGACGAACCAUUUUAGCAUCCUGCAAGAGAUCUUGGAGACUACUUUGAAGACACAGAGAGCAUCUUUCCUCACCUACCUGACCAAAGACUACUACCUCUAUCCAGACCUCCACGGCAAUCGGUCGCCACUUGCCGACAAUCAGAUGAAGGGCAUCCUCGUCGGCAUGAAGCUCGACAAGACCGUCACCGAUCUUGCACUCCGUUACUUUGCCACACUAGAGGCCAUCGCACUGCAAACACGUCAGAUCAUGGACGAGAUGAACAAGAAUGGUCACGAGAUCACCUCCAUCUUUAUGUCAGGCGGCCUGGUCAAAAAUCCGCUACUGAUGCAGCUGCUCGCCGACAUCUGUAACGUGCCCAUACAGCUGCCCUUUUCACAUUCUGCGUCUGUCGUGCUGGGAAGCGCCAUGCUCGGUCGCGCGGCGGGUGACGAAUUCGCCGCGGACAGCUCGAGCAUCGCGGAUCAGAAGACAGCCGAAGAUCGUUCGCACGGCAUGAAAGAUCGUCUCUGGGGCAUCAUGAGUGAGAUGUCCCGGCCAGGCUCGACGGUGACGCCGAAAGCGGGCGAGCAGGAGAAGAGGUUGCUGGAAGUGAAGUACAAGAUCUUCAAGCAGCUCAUAGAUUCACAAAAGCUGUGGCGUCAGGAAGUGUCCGACGCCCUUGCUAAUUAGAACAAUGCACGAGCACGCGAAGUGCGCCCCGGGCCGGGCUGUGUCUGAGACAGGCGA